AUGACUUGCGAAGAUGUUCAUUCAUGGUCUCCUAUCUUUCAUAUGGAUUCUCCAGAUCUGUUUACAGAAACAUUACUAGGACAGUUUGAUAAAACAAAACUUAUGCUCGAUAGUCGUUUUUCUGUAUAUACGCAUGACAGUCAUCAAGAAGAUGAAACACAGAGUUCUCUGCAAGACGAUGGUCGACUAUCGAAAAAUCCCUCUACUAUUUCCAUACACAACGAAACCAUAGAAACUAAUAUAGAAAUUAAGGAACAAAAGGCCUUAAGUACUUUUGCUAUUACCGCUGCUAUUGAAGCACAUUCUCCUCUGCAAGCUGACAAAAAGAAAAAAGGAUUGUUGCACAAACCUUCUACCUUCUUUAGUGAAAAAGUCCUAAGAAUGAAGACAAGCAAGGUUGAAUUGAGUCAAAUCGAGGUGGAAUCAGAGUUAGAAAUGAGAAGAAAGUCUUGCCCUGGAUUUGUUAUCCAAGCAUCCAAUGUAGAUCCAACACCCAGAAAGAAAAGUCAUUGGUUUAAGCGCUUGUUUUCACGUGACUGA